GUUUCUAAACAAGUAUUAAAAGUCCGCCAACUGCAUGUUGUACACGCAACCAAUCAAUUUGUGUUAUCUACGCGCUGUUUGCUUUCAUUUUAGUAACUUGGAAGUUAGUUGAAGUCGCCCGGUAGCAACAGGCACAUCAACAUAACUACUUUGGCAAUAUGGCGCUGUUUAUCAAAUCAACAACAAGAAACUUUUACAAGUUGCAGUCAAAAUGCCUUGUGAGAAACUUUGCAGAUGCACAAUUUCCCAAAAUCACAACACAUUAUACUAUUUAUCCCAGAGAGAAGGAUCCAAGAUGGAAAGAUGCAAAAAUGGAAAGAUUUGAAGAUGAGACUGAUCUACUCAUCAUUGGUGGUGGCCCAGCAGGAAUGUCGGCAGCCAUCCGCGCAAAACAAAUCGCUGAGCAAGAAGGCAAAGAAAUCCGCGUGUGUUUAGUUGAAAAAGCUGCCGAAGUUGGCGGACACAUUCUGUCUGGCGCUUGCAUUGAUCCAAUCGCACUCAACGAAUUAAUCCCCGAUUGGAAAGAAGGCGCACCUUUAAAUACUCCUGUCACAGUGGAUCGAAUGGGCUUCCUAACAAAAACCGGUCGAAUUCCAGUCCCUAUUCUUCCCGGCAUGCCUUUAAACAAUCACGGUAAUUAUAUUGUACGUCUAGGUCACGUGGUGCAAUGGCUAGGCGAGCAGGCAGAAGCACUUGGCGUAGAAAUCUACCCAGGUUACGCAGCCUCAGAAAUUUUGUAUCAUUCCGAUGGUAGCGUAAAAGGUGUCGCCACAAACGACGUAGGUAUAGCUAAAGAUGGUAGUCCGAAAGACACAUUUGAACGUGGUAUGGAACUGCAUGCUAAAUGUACAAUUUUUGCGGAGGGUUGCCAUGGACAUUUGACUAAACAAGUGUCUAAGAAAUUCAAUUUGCGCGAAAAAUGCGAGCCGCAGACAUAUGGCCUUGGUAUCAAGGAAGUAUGGGAGAUUGAUGCAAGUAAACACAAACCGGGAACAAUUGAACACACUAUUGGUUGGCCGUUGGAUAAAUUUACCUAUGGAGGUUCUUUCUUGUAUCAUUUGAAUGAGCCUACUCCUAUGGUAGCGGUGGGCUUUGUAGUUGGUUUGGACUAUUCCAAUCCGUACAUUAGUCCGUUCAGGGAGUUCCAAAGAUUUAAACAUCAUCCGUCAAUUGCGCCGACAUUUGAAGGCGGUAAUCGUAUUGCAUACGGAGCGCGUGCCCUCGCAGAAGGUGGCUUCCAGAGCAUUCCUAAGUUAACCUUCCCAGGUGGUUGCCUAGUAGGUUGCGCGGCAGGUUUUCUCAACGUGCCAAAGAUCAAAGGCACACAUAACGCAAUGAAGAGUGGUAUGUUAGCUGCGGAGGGUGCAAUGGAAGCCAUUUUGGGCGAAGCGCAAAGCACGACCGGCUACGAACCUAUUGCUUAUGAUCACAAGUUAAAGAAUUCUUUCGUCUGGAAAGAAUUGAAGGCGGUUCGUAAUUGCCGACCAAGCUUCCACAACCCUCUUGGAUUGUAUGGUGGAGUCAUGUACAGCGGUAUUUCAAUGAUUCUGCGAGGAAAAGAACCCUGGACUCUAUCGCACGGUGCUGCGGAUCAUACGCGAUUGAAGCCAGCAAAGGAGUGCACUCCAAUCGACUAUCCCAAACCGGACGGGAAGAUCAGUUUUGAUUUGCUCACUUCUGUCGCAUUGACUGGCACGAAUCACGAGGGUGAUCAGCCGGCGCACUUGACGCUGAUGGACGACACGGUGCCAGUCAAGCACAACUUGGCUAUGUUUGAUGGUCCCGAGGGCCGAUUCUGCCCGGCAGGAGUGUACGAAUUCGUCCCAAUGGAGAGCGGCGACGGGCAACGGCUGCAGAUCAACGCGCAGAAUUGCAUCCAUUGCAAGACGUGCGAUAUCAAGGACCCUACGCAGAAUAUCAACUGGGUGGUGCCUGAAGGUGGCGGUGGUCCCGCUUACAACGGUAUGUAGGGUGUAUUUUUGCUCAAUUCUUAUGCCACUACUAGCCUACACCCCUACGACGAUCAACACACACUCGCCAGCUGAUGAAUUCGAUAAUUAAAGUAAGAAAAAUGAUGGUAAGAGUAAUUCUCGAUCGAAUUGUAAAUAAUUUUAUACGGAUGUUUACAUGUUUAAGCGAUUUUAAGCUGUUUGCUACAAAGAUAUAUUGUUAUCAA